UGCCCUGCUCCCGGCGUCGCUACCCGCUUAACCGCCGCGGACAAACGCCACGACGCAACUGAAAAAAGGGAACCCAAAUAUCCAAUCGAGACCCACCACCGAACGAGUCCAAAUCGGCUCGAAGCCACUCCGCCGCUCCGCCGGCGACGCCAUUCGCCUCAGCCGAGCAGCAGCCCCCGACCCGUCCGAGCGGCUCCCGGAGCGCGAGGGCCGGACGAGCGCCUCCCAAUUUUAGCAGCCGCGGAGCGCGUGGCGCGUGGGCGUUUGCCGUGGCGCGAGGAGGGGGGAGGGUCCAUGGGGUACCUGCCGUCCCUGGGCAGCAAGGCGGCGCACUUCGUGUCCGACCUCACCACCGUCAUCCUCAACCCCGUCUCCGAGCGCGAGACCUCCCACCUCCCCUUUUUGCAGGAGGUUGAUGAAGUGCAAGAAAAUUUUGAGGAUGGUAAAGAUUCUGAGCACAACUCUGACAGCCUUGAUGGCCCUGACACAUCUUCCUUUAGAGCAUUCUUGAUCUCCUUUUUGUCAUCAUCUAGCUCUAAUAAUAACGAUUCAAUGGAGAUACUUCCUGAACAAAAUGUGGACAUGAGUUACCCAACUUUAACACCCAUGGGGAAGGGAAGCAAGGGAAGGUCAGGUCUGAUAAGUAGAGGGAAGCACUCCAUUGGAAAAAUUAUUACCAAGGCGGCUAGGAUUGGUGGUUUUAAACAAGCUACUGCAGAGCCUAAAAUUGACAGGGAGACAGUAAAUCAUACUGAACCAGUUGUACCUGUUUUGGAGAUUGAGGAAUCAAAGGAAGUUGCUUCCGUCAGUAGUUUGCCAACUAUGUCGGAACCAUCUGUUCUUUUGUCAGAAAUGAUGCAAUCAAUUCUCUAUACCUCUCUCCCUGUUCUUGCCCAGGGAAGGAACUGGGUCUUGCUAUACAGCACAUGGAGGCAUGGCAUAUCUUUAUCUACUUUAUAUAGAAGGAGCAUGCUUUGCCCUGGUUUCUCACUUUUGGUAGUGGGGGAUAAGAAAGGCACAGUUUUUGGUGGUUUAGUUGAGGCUCCAUUGCAGCCAUCCAGUUCAAAGAAGUAUCAGGGGACCAAUAAUUGCUUUGUUUUCACUAAUUUAUAUGACCGCCCUGUUAUAUAUCGUCCGACUGGUGCAAAUAACUAUUUCACCGUGUGCUCCACUGACUAUUUGGCUCUGGGAGGAGGAGGUCAUUUCGCACUCUAUCUAGAUGGAGACCUUUUAACUGGUUCAAGUUCAAAUUCAGAGACUUUUAACAACGAGUGUUUAUCGCAUUCCCCAGACUUCUCAGUGAAAGAUGUUGAGCUGUGGGGCUUCGUCUACCCUUCCAAGUAUGAGGAGAUGCUCACGCUCUGCCGGACUGAGAAACCCGGAAUUUGUCGAUGGUGACCGCCAGUUGGAAUUCCCAAUCAUAGACAUGCUACACAUCUGUACAGUUUUCAGUAGACUCCGUGAGUUGCGAGCAUUUUUUUUCUUCUUUAGUGCGCAGUGCAAAGUAGGAGUACUGGACUUGCUUUUCUCAAGCCGGUUUUCUCAGAUUUGUAAAUACUUGUAAUUUUUCAUGCUGCCACUUGGCGAAACAUGGACGUUGCUGGUUGUUGUUCCAGUGCUACCAUUUUUAGGUAAAUUGUCACAGGCAGGUCAGGCUUCACAGGGUUAGUCAUGAGACAGGCGUCUAGUUUGUUCGUUAGGUCUUGGUGAUGACCGCCGGAGGGGGAGCACGAGAAGGCGGAUAUCUGGCUGCUAUCAAUCAGCUGGCGAGCGGAAGAAUUGCAUAGAGGGACCCUUGAACAACUCGAAAAAGCUCGGAUUCGAUUACAGAAAGUUGAACUAGAAGCAGAUGAGUAUCGAAUGAAUGGAUACUCUGAAAUGCCCCACGAGGUUGUAUUGAUUGGUUGAAAGGCCUGAAGAAAAGGUAGUUCUGGGGGUGCAGUAUAACGGGAAGCUGUAUGCUGCGUUCGG